AUGGCGAACGCAAGGGCGUCCAAGAAUGUGGCUGCCGCUUGGCGGUGCAGGAAGCACCCGAAGCACCGGCAGCCAGCCGGCGUGUGCUUGCUCUGCUUGAGCAAGAAGGUCUCCCAGCUGUCCAGCGGCCACUAUCUACAUAGCUCGGCCAGCGCGAACAGGCGGAACUACAAACACGGACCCACCGGGAAGGCGCUGGGCUUCGACGGGCUGAGGAACCAGGAGAAAGUGUCCAACGACUCGCUGGUGGCGUUCAAGACGGCGCUGUGGCUCUGGAUGACGGAGAGGAAGCCCAAGCCCUCUUGCCCCGUCGUCAUGGUCGGGAAGUAA